GAGCUACAUCAAUAUAUGUUUUUUAAAAAAUAGAGAUAACAAUAUCUGAUAUAUUCUAAUUUCUAUCAUUGAAUAUUAAUUGGUUUAUUUAUAUUACCACAUAAUUAAAAAUAGAAAAUACUGUAUAUUGGAGUGUAAAAUAUCUCAUGGAAUCGUUUUUGGUGUAGUUAUUGUUUAAAAAAAAAGAUUACAACAGAUUUUGUUAGUAAUGUUUAAAUUCUUAUAUAUUAUGGUAUACUAAUACUUAAAAAUACUUUUUGUUUGUGUAAAAGACAGUAUAUUAUUUUAUAAGUUUUAUAUUAAUGUCACAUGAAAAAGGAAGCGAGUACACGGAAACAGAAUCUUAUGCAAGCAUAGAAUUAAAAUUUUUUUUUAAGAAAUUAGAAAGCGGAUACGUGUUGAAAGCGUAUAUCCAAAUAUAAAUAAAUAUAUAUAUAUAUGAUAGAUAAACAUAAAAAUUAUUUUACAAAAUUAUGACUAAAAAUAUGUGAUUUGAAAUAAAAAGAUUACUUAUUCAUUUUUAAUAAUUUUCCAUUUAGUUGAUUUCAUAUUUUAGUUAUAAAAAUACUAACAGAUUAAGCUUAUAAAAAUAUUAUCAAACUAAUUAUUUUUAAUAGUUCAUAAAUAUUUGUCACAACAUAUUUGAAUAAAUAUGCGCUAUCUUUUAUAAAAGUUAUUAUGCACAAAUAUAAUUUAUAGUUGUAGUUUUGAUAUUUGCAUAUUUUCUAUUUCCUUUAUUUUAAUACUAUUAAUUUUAGUUUAAUAUAAAAUAAAAAUAUAAUUUUAUUUUUUAUACUUAUACAGGACAGUGGGUUUUUAAAACGGAAGCGUGAUUCCUUAACGGAAGCGUAAGCUUCUAACAUGUUUUCAAAGAAGUAUUUUUGGAAACGCAUUGGAAACGAGAUUUUAGAAGCUUCUACAGAUUUCCGGUUCCGAAAUGGGAAGCGAAUGUUUGACGAAGCUUUCAUGCAACCAAAAAUUGCUGCAUUUAAUAGCAUUGACUGCAAACAAAUUACUUAUAUUUUAUUAAUCUAUGCUUUUAAGGUUUCGUUACUUAAACGUAUACCGAUAAAAAUAUAUUUAAUAAUGUACCAUUCUAGUAUAUGUAAACUAUGUUACUUAUUGUUUGAUUUAUUAAAUCAUAAAGCAAAAAACUUAUAAUAAAUAGUUCAAAUAUUUUGUUCUUACAAUUAUAAUAGCUAGAUAGGAUAUUAUGGAGAAACAAAUAUUAGACUGGGUACCAAAUCUCACAUUCUUCGAACAAAAUAAAAAUGAGGUUAUUAGAAUCUUGUCAUGACAUUUCAUUAAAAAACUUUUUAGGAAUAAAACCAAAAUUAUUUAUUUAAUUUGAAUGAAAUAACAUAUAUAUAUAUAUAUAUAUAUCUAGUGCUUCCAAUAUUAAAAUCUCUUUGAUUUAAAAAAGUGUAUUUUUUUCGAAUUGUCAGAAUCAAAUAACAUAUUAGAAACCACAUAUUUAAAAAAUAAUUUGCAUGCAUAAAAGUAUAUACAUUAGAGUAAACACAUAAAUCAAAACCAAUAUAUUUUGUUUAUUUACAAUCAUGUUUUUGAUAAAUAAAUCAACGCAAUCAAAUUUUUUUAACAACAUUUUGUUACUACUUUAAAUAGUGUACGGCCAAUACAAAUAUCUAACCAACCAAAUUUUAUUUUAAUAUAUAUAUAUAUCAUGAUAUUAAAACAUAAUGAAUAACAUUAACUUAUUCUAUGAUAUAUAUAUAUACUAUUAUUUUUAAAAAUAUAUUUUAAUAUAUAUACUUAUCAUAGUAUUCAGGAAAUUUAUUUCAUAAAUAGAUAUUAACAAUAUCUACAUAUAAUAUCAUAAUUGCAUUUUUUUUUUAUAUUUAGUUUAUUAUUUUGAUAACUAAUACUAUAGCGAGUUUCUAUGAUUCUUAUUGGAAAUAUUUUAUUUUAAUAUAUAUAUAUAUAUAUAUAUUUAUCAUGAUAAUAAAAAUAAUUAAUAAACAAUAAUCUCUUCUACGAUAUAAACCGAAAUUUUAAUAUUUCAGUGUAAAUGUUUAUAAUUUAAAUUCAGUAUUAUACUUUCGAAAAUAUAUUAUAUUUUAUAUUUAAUAAAUAUUUAAGUAAAAAUGUAAAUGAAGAAAUCACUGUUAUUUACACUUCUAAAGAAAGUCAUUUUGACUUUUAAAAACUGUUUAGGAAACAAAAGCUAAAAAAAGACUAUUUAAGAAAGUUGACCAAGGAAAAAUGCCAUAUACUAAUUUAGAGAGGCUAAGAUCAUCUCAAAAUCUUUUAUAUAUAUUUUAGUCAAAAAAAAUCUUAUAUAGAUAUUAUUUACUUUUUUUGCUUAGAUGUCGCUUAAAUUUUUAUUAUAUAUUAAUUAAAUAAAGAUAAUGAUUCAAUAAAAAAUAGGGAAUAUGAAUAAAUAAAAUAUCUCCAGAGCAGUUUCUUUAUAACCAUACUUCGGAACAUGCAACCACCAGUGACGUUUUUUUUUUAUGCAAGUUAAGAAUCCAAACAGAAUUGUAUAUAAAUACAUUGCAUAUCAGUCAAGAAAGUUAGGAGAUACAGAAACAAAACGAAAAUGGAUUUAAGAAAAACAUCGUUGGUUUUAUACAUUCUCUUAAUCUUUCAUCUUCAGCACAAUUUUCCUUCUGUUAAUUCAAAGCCUUCCUCUAUUGAUACGUACUACAAGAGUCUUCAUCUCAGAGCCACAAAACCAGAUGUUGUUGGUUUUGAAAGAAAGAAUCAAGAAUUAGUUGUAGUUAUAAAAAAAGAAGGUGGUGGAGGAUGGCGUGGUGGUGGUGGUGGCGGUGAAAGCACCAGAAUAGGAGGCGGCGGAGGAUGGCAUCGCUUGCUUGGUUGGCGUGGCGGCGGCAUCGGAAUAGGAGGCGGUGGAGGAUGGCGUGGCUGGCGUGGCGGCAGCGGUGGCACCGGAAUAGGAGGCGGUGCAGGAUGGCGUGGCUGGCGUGGCGGUGGAGGUGGCGGCGGCGGUGGAGGAUUGCCUGGCAGUGGUGGAGGAUUGCCUGGCGGCGGUGGCGGCGGUGGAGGAUUGCCUGGCGGCCGCGGCGGAAGCACGGGAAAAGGAGGCAUUGGACCUCUAAUUCCGAUUCCGAUGCAAACUGGUGAUCGUGGUACUGGUGGAUCUCACCGUUCAAGCAGCAGCCGAAAUAUUCGAGGGGGAGUGUGCGUUGUAUGUUGGUUGAGUUUAUUGGUUUUAGUCAGUUUAUUAUUGGUUUAGAAGGGUCUUGAGUAUUUGUUGGCCGUUUAAAUCAAAAUAUGUGAGGUCAAUGUUUGACAUCAGGUCUAGUUUGGUCUGAGAUUGAUUGGGCCACUGGUAAGUACGUAAAAUGUUAAUUAAGGGCAUCUUCGUCUCUCCUCUAUUUUUUUUCUCUAAAAUAGAGUAAAAGUGAAUAUGGAGUAAAAAAUAUUUCAACCUAACUUCAUAUCUCA